ACACUUUCUUUCUUUCUCCUUAGUUUUAUAUAGCUUACCUUUGAACCCUUUCAUACCUUCUUCACUGUUAAACACUUUCUCUCAUUCUUUCUUAUUUAGCACCUCAUUUUGACCAUUUCUUAUCUUCUUAACUGAUACACACCUUUUAUUCGUUUGUUUGUUCGUUCAUUAUUUCUGUCCUUUCGUCAUUUUUUACACCCCCUGCGUGCACUCUCUGAUAAACACGCUGUCAUUCACAGAGGAAGUAAGAGAGGCUCAUGCCCUCCCACUGCCAGUAACAGAGUCAGACGGGUGAGUCUGUCUUAAUUGAGGAUCAUUCUUUGGAGUAUUUUUGUAUUUUUACAGAGUACAUUUCUCAACAAGUGUGUCUGAUAACCUUUCAGAACUGAACACCACCUUCAGAGAUGUCCUGCCUCAAGUGUCUGAAGUACACCAUGUGUGUGGUGAACUUCAUCUUUUUUAUCUGUGGCGCUGCCAUCUUUGGAUUGGGCACCUAUUUGAUGACAACGUCUAGGUUUGCAUCUCUCCUUCCAAGCCUUCAAGCUAUGAAUAUAGCGAACAGUCUCUUCAUCACAGGAAUCAUUAUUACCUGCGUGUCCUUCCUGGGCUUUCUUGGAGCCCUGAAAGAAAACCGUUGCCUGCUAAUAUCUUUCUUCAUUUUGCUGUUCAUUCUAAUGCUGGCAGAGUUGGCUAUGGCAUGCAUUCUUCUAGUAUUUGAGGGAGAGGUUGAUACAUUCAUUAAAAAAGAUCUUAAAAAAGGUUUAGAUGGAUCAUUAACCAACAGACAAAACAAUAGCACAGCUAAAGAUGACUGGGACACUGUGCAUGAAACAUUUCAGUGCUGUGGGAUCUCCAACUACACAGAUUGGAAGAUAUGGUUACCAGACUCUUGUUGCAAGAAGGUUCCCUGCAAUAAAAAUGUUACAGCAGAAUUCUGGUCCCAGGGUUGUUACGAAAAGCUAAAGGUUACAUUUGAAAGUAACCUCUUGAACACAGGGAUUGGCGUCAUUGUUGUCUGCAUUAUUGAGGUCUUGGGAAUGUGUUUCUCCAUGACCCUGUUUUGCCACAUCAGUCGGUCCGGGUUGCAAUACAAGUGAUCAAAUAUUUUCACAGAUCUUUAACAAUUUUUAUAGAUAUAGUAUUAUAUGUGUGCAUACUAGUGCCCCCUUUAGGAAACUAGUUAGCGAAUACAUAGAGCCAUUACCACCGUCAGACCAAUUUGCCAUCAAACAUUGUGUUCAUCGUUGGUGGUCCAUGCGGAUUUCAUAAACGUAUUUCUUACGCACUCGUUUCCUUUUUGUAAACCCUUAUUAGAGAUGUGAAACAAUAACUUACAGAAACUGUUUCUAAAACUAACCCAUUCACAGCUGUACUAUUUUAGAUUGACCGUGACUGACUAAACUUAAAAGGGGAUUUCAGACUUUGAAUUCACCCUUGUGAAUUCUAAUGUCAAGUCUGGGGGCUUUUAUGAGUUAUCUUUACAUGCACAUCUAUCUGUAUUUUACUGUAUAUAAGUUCAGAUAUAAUGUUAAGCAAUGUUGAAUAUGACCUAGUAUGUUCUACUGAACUGUUACGGAGACUAUAUAUGCAUAUUUUUGUAUAUCGGACAAUGGAAAGCAUUUAUUUUUGAUUACUUCCUUUUUCUUACUUCUUAAAGCUAAAUCAUUUGAUUUCCCAGAAUGUGCACAUGGGUUAAACCACACGUCAUGCUAUCUCUUCCUUAUUUAACAAUUCUACCAGUUUGAUAUGACAUUUCUAAUGCUGAUAAUAUGUUUUAUUGCUCUUUAAAAUAAUGUAAAUGAAAUAAAGUGAAAAGAACAAUAA